AUGUUUGAAAAUAGAUUAUCUGAAAUCCCCGGACCAAAAAAGCAAAAUCGACGUUUUUCCGUCACUUCUAAUACUGAUACCGAAAAACCUGAAAGUCCUGAAAUACCCUCCUCUUCGGAAAUUAAUAAUAAAUCAUCAAAGCGCAAACGUCUCGAUAUCCCAAAUGUCCCAACUCCUUCAAUCCCAACUCCUUCGGUUCCUGAUGUUCCUUCUAGUGUAGGACCGGCUGCUUCGGCCGUUAGUAGUGCUGUCAACGAUGCAGCAAAUACUGCUGUGAAUGCUGCUCAGGAUAUUGCAGCAAAAGCCCAGGAAUUAUUAUCUAAGCUAUUAAGCUCUUUCGAUAACUUUAAACCAAAAAGUCCCACUUCUAAUAUUGCGG